AUGCCUAAAAGAAAUGAUGGUUCAUUUCCUUUUCGUGUUACAAAUCCUAUUGUGAUUAAUUUAGAUGAUGAAAUGGAUGAUGAUGAUGAUGAUAAUAUUGUUAAUGCUAAUAAUGUUGAUCCCGAUGAUGGUAUGUAUGAGAGCCCUGGGUGGCGGGUUCACCAAUUGGGUAUUGAUUUUACAGAUAUGAAUGGUCAUGUUCUGCUGGGGGCACAAAAUGCAGUUGUUGAGGAAAUGGGAUUUUCUUCUGUGUCAUACCAAUACCAGAAGGAAAGCUCAACACUGAAUCUCACAAGGGUGUCCUUGAAAGGCCCAACAAGAGGAGUGUUAAAGCCAGGGAAAAUAUCUCUGCCUGAUAAGUUUUCAGCCUAUGGUCUGGACAUGCAGGGGUAUGGCACACAAAUGGGGCAACCAGAUCAUAUUGCUGCUUCUACUUCCACACAAGCUGGGCAUUUGGGAAAUGCUCUAGUGGGUGGACAAACUUAUCACCAUGAGAAUUCUCUGGUUCUGUCACCUGAUAUGAGGUCCCAGAUUUUAGAUUACCAGCUUGAACAAAACCAGAAGCUUGCUGUUCCACUUCCAGCUGUGUCAUACUAUUUCCAUCAAGAGCUUUCCUGCACUAGAAACUAUGGCGGUGGUGGGGUGAUCAAUCAGAAUGCUAAAAGGAUUGUGAAGCGCUCCAGUAGAGUGCAGAAAAGGCACAAUGUGAUUAAGGGCCAGUGGACUGCAGAGGAAGACAGGUUGCUUAUAAAUUUAGUUGAACAGUAUGGCCUGCGAAAAUGGUCACAGGUUGCACAAAUGCUCACAGGGCGGGUGGGAAAGCAAUGCAGAGAAAGAUGGCACAACCAUUUACGCCCUGAUAUCAAGAGAGAUGUAUGGACUGAAGAGGAAGAGAGAAUGAUUGUGAGGGCUCAUGGAGACUUGGGAAACAAAUGGGCUGAGAUUGCAAAGAGGCUUCCUGGCAGAACAGAGAAUGCCAUUAAAAACCACUGGAAUGCCACCAAGAGGAGGCAGUCUGGGCGGCGCCGCUGCAGAAGAGCACUUGAUGGCAGCCAUGAGAGGAGCUCCAUUUUGGAGGAGUAUAUAAAGAGUUUGAAUCCCCCACAGACUGGCAAGGACAAGGAUGAUGAGUCUUUCUGCUCCCCUCACAAUGAAUACACCACCACCAACAGCAAUGACUCCAUCUCCAUCUCCUCUUCCCAUCACCAGCAAUUCUCUUCUCCUCUUAACAACACCAUUAACUUGUCCUUUUUGUUGGAUGGUGUUCCCACUGGAGAUGACGAAAACAUGAUGUUAGAUGAAUUUGUGGAUGUUGAGAACAAUAUGGUGGAUUUAGAGCAUGGAAAGAGAGAGAUUGAUCUUAUGGAGAUGGUGUUUGGAUCUCCCUCUCAUCCAACCACUGAUAACUCUCAAUUCUCUUUUCCACUUCCUCAUUAAUAACUCUCUCAAUUCUC